AUGUUUCUUCUUCUUCUACUAUUGCUCUUGACCAAUGUGCUCUCAGUCUGGGGUCAUGGGUUUCUAUUCGAUCCACCAGCACGCAGUACUGCCUGGAUAGUUAUUCCCGAUUUUCGUAGUUGUUGCACCUAUUACGAUCACAUGCAAAUGUUCUGCGGUGGCGUUCCAGUCCAAUAUGGCGAGAACAGUAGAACUUUUUCUUUGUUUGCUUGUACAUAUUUACAUCUUUGGCAUCUUUUAGAUGGUAAAUGUGGUAUUUGCGGUGAGCCAUACAAUCAAGUAAACAAGUUGUUUGAAAUGGGUGGUUCGAUGUAUAAGGGAACGAGCGUCAAAACCUAUAACCAAGGACAACAAAUCAGUGUUAAAGUCAAUUUGACUGCCAAUCACAUGGGCUACUUUGAAUUUCAUCUGUGCAAUGUUGAUACCACCCCUAAUUCUGAUGCCACUCAGGAUUGUCUCGAUCGUCGUAUUCUCAAACUUGCCAAUAGCGAUUUAACUAAGUACUCAAUUACUGGUGCGAUAGGUAAUUCUCAGAUUAUUGUCAACUUGCAAUUACCUGCCGGUGUAUCCUGUCAACAUUGUGUCUUUCAAUGGAAAUACACAGCAGGUAACAGUUGGGGCACGGAUCCAAUCACUGGACAACAAGGCUUGGGUCUAGGUACCGAAAAUGAAACGUUCAUGGGCUGUGCCGAUAUUACCAUUGUUGGCGGAAGUGUACCUGCCAGUACGUCGUCGGCAGUGACGAGUUCUACGAAAGCGUUAGUUUAUUCCUGA